AUGGGAAAGGGAGAAAAGAAGAAAUCAUCAAGCUCUACUUCUAAUUUACUUAAGAAGUUGGAGAAAUAUUUAUCAAUGAAGAAAGUAAGUGGGGCAAUAUUGUCCAAAAGUAAAUCAUGGAAUGGUACAAGCACCAACACAAUAGCCCCAGAAGGGUGUUUUUGGGUUUAUGUUGGGCCAAAUAAAGAGAGAUUUGUGAUAAAGACAAAGUAUGCAAGUCAUCCAUUGUUCAUGAUGUUGCUUGAAGAUGCUGAAAAGGAGUAUGGUUAUAGUUAUAGUCAAGGUCCAAUUUUGUUGCCUUGUGAUGUUGAUAUGUUCUAUAAAGUGUUGGCUGAAAUGGCAAGUAAUAACAAAGAGAUUGAUGAUGAUUCAGUAAUGUGUGGAUCAUGUAGUCCAAUAUUAUUUAGUCCUGGGAGACGUUUGGGUAAUAGCCAAAUGGCUAAGGGUUAUGGUUCUUAUAGGAGUCUCACUCAACCAAGAUCGUUCAAACGCCUCAACUCUUACAAUUGUGCGUGA